AUGGUGGCUCCUGAGAGCUGGACGGGGCCCUUGCUGAUGGUGGCUCCUGAGAGCUCUCUGACCGCCUGCGAGGAGGGCACUGGAGCAGGGGCAGACUCCUCAGAGUUCACCCCUGAGAGCAGCUGUCGUCUUUGUCUCCUUUACUUUCUCCCGCCUCCUCCCUUCCCCGUGGCCUCGAUCAUUUCCCAGGUCCUGGGCCUGCUGGUCUGGACGCUGAUCGCCGGAACCGAGUACUUCCGAGUGCCUGCCUUCGGCUGGGUGAUGUUCGUGGCUGUGUUUUACUGGGUGCUCACGGUCUUCUUCCUGGUCAUCUACAUAACCAUGACCUACACCAGGAUCCCCCAGGUGCCCUGGACCACCGUGGGGCUGUGCUUUAACGGCAGUGCCUUCGUCUUGUACCUCUCGGCCGCUAUUGUGGACGCGUCUUCCGUCUCCCCGGAGAGGGACAGCCACAACUUCAACAGCUGGGCGGCCUCAUCGUUCUUUGCCUUCCUGGUCACCAUCUGCUACGCUGGAAACACAUAUUUCAGUUUUAUAGCUUGGAGAUCCAGGACCGUACAGUGAUUAGCCAUUUUGAGAAUUAUGGGGGGGGGUCUCACUGUAAAAACAGCUGUAGGUAUAAUGUAUAUUUCCAGAGAACUGUAUUUAACUAAUGUUUUUAUAUACUUAGUUAAAUUUUGCUCACAGUGGUUUGUUACAAUUAAACUGGAUGCUUAUUUGCAAAGUGCUAUAGGUUAUAAGACCUCUUAAAGAUCUCAUUGAUGUCUUCGUAGACCUUAUUAUUAUUUUCUUAGACAAUGUAAAAAUGGAUCAAAUGCUAAUAUUAAGAAUGUGUCAAGUUUGUAACCCUAACUUUUAAAAUGCCAGAUUUUUUUUUUGAUUAAAUGUUUCAAAAUCUUG